AUGGAUAUUAGCAUAUACGAGCGAGUGAAAACAAUAAAUGAUUGUUAUACUUAUUUAGAAUAUAAAGACAACAGAAAAGAAGCAUUGAGAAAAAUAUCCACUUUAUCCAAAGAAUUAAAAUUUGAAGAUUUUCAUGACUUUUCAUAUAGAUUUUUUGAAACAGCAACAUUAAUAAAAAAGAAUUUGAGAAUUUUUAUGGCAGCUUGCGAACAUGUAGAUGUAAUUACCACUAUUGUUGAUUACUUUAUUCAUUUUGCUGUGACUUUUAAACUUGAUAAUGAAUCUGUUACAAUCUAUAAUAUGUAUAAGGAACAUGUAAUUCAACAAUUUUUGGAAGCUCAAAAAAUCACAAGACCAAAUAUUAAAAUGAUAGUUUUGGAGGAUUCUGAUUUGUAUGCAGUUAUUAAAUGUCUGAAGAUGAAAAACAUUUUGUUUCAAUUAGAUACAAUUUGGGUACAAGAAUCAAUAAAACAGACUUUUGCGUGGUAUUUAAAGAAAUAUUUUAGAUAUUGGCAGAUAAAAUUUUAUACAUUUCGAUCAAAAGAAUUACCUACAUUAAAUACAACUAAAUAUAUAUGUACUAUACAUAUAGUUUCCAUAUGGUCAGAAGAUAUUAUAGCUGCAAAAAAUUUAGCAGAAUCUUUAAAUCAUGACGUUUUAUUUAUAAACUCUUACAUGGAUUUUUGUCCUGGUAUCGUGCUUCCAUAUAAAAAUAUAUACCUCAAAUCAUUACCUGAAUUUUUCAAUUUACAAGUAGAGAACAAACAAAUAUGUACAGAUCCAAUUAAUCCAACUAUGCAUAAAGGUAUAAUAAUUGAUCUGUUUUAUGAUGGCAUAUGGCAAAAACCUAUGGAAAAUACAUAUUGGAUACAUGAUAACAUUUUAUUGGCAAAUGCAACUCGUGGAGAUAUUAUGAAGUGUAUUGAUUCAGCUACAGAAGGAUUCAAAAUUUGGAGUAAUAUGUCUAGUGAUUUAAGAAUGCAAUUAUUAGUUAAGUUUGCAAACAUGUUAGAAUGCAAUGGUCAAUUUUCACAGACCAAAAUAAUAUUAAAUUGGAUAAAGUUGCCAUAUAUUUGUGGAAGUCUAAUACAUUGCUUUCAAACUGAAAGAUUUGAAGUAAUAAAAACUCGUAAGCCACGAGGUAUUGUUAUUCUUAAGGAAAAAGAUGAAAGUAUUUUGUAUCGCGAAUUAACACAAAGUUUAAUUAUUGGAAAUUCUGUCAUUGUGAUAUGUAAUCCAGAUUUAUGCAUUUUGGCACCGUAUUGUGACAUGUUUAAAAUGUCUGGAAUACCUCCGGGUGUUAUAAAUCUCUUGUCAAGUGAAAACAUCAACUUUAGAUACAAUAUAAUUAAUAACUCAACAGUAAAUGAAACCUAUGAAGCUCUUACUGACGUCAAGCAUAUUAUAGUUUCUCGUAAAUAAUUCUUAUAAUGUAUUUCUUGUAAUGUGUUCUAGUGCUUAUGAUACAACUUAUAGAUAUAUAUAC